AUGCCCUUCGAAAUAGACGAUCAGGAUGAAAUAAAACAAGAAAUACUCACUCAAAAAUCGCCAUCCGUAACUUUCACACAACUCCAAGUGGAAGAAGAAAAUCAAAACCGAAAAGAACGAAUAUCAUUACUUCCGCCUAUAAUUUUCAGAUUUCGAUUUCGUAAGUGAGCAUUCCGAACUCAAUAAUUUCUUUGGCACAGAUAAUUUCACAUUAAAAUCUAACACUAAAAACGACGUCCUAGAAUAAUGGAGACGGAUGCAGCCACUGUUAAAGGUAAUUUAAUGCAUAUCUGUAAGCAACAAUAAACCAUUGCUAACCAAAAAACAAUUCUAAGCGCAGUUCAGUUGAUAGUGAUGCUUUAUCAACAAUAUAUAUGUCAUAUUAUAGUGAAAUAAUUAAAUAUGCAUUAUAUGUUUUCUUUAAUAAUAUUUGUUAUAUAUUGUAUCGAUUUUCCCGUUUUUCCCGGUUUCUCCAUGUUUUUUUCACGGAUAAUCAUAUUUGCUAAGAAAACUCUUGGCAAAAUCGGAAAAUGGCUUCCUUAAAAUACCAUCCCGGUCAGAUUUACUUUCAGAAAAAAUACUAUCAUUGUAAAUCGGAGCAAAAUUUCUGGUAGAAAUGUUGUACACUGAAAAAAGAUGUCAUCAUAUUUUUUUACUAAUACCUAUGUUUCGUACAUUUUCUUUUUUUCCAAUAUUUUAUCCCGGUUUUACUCAGUUAUUAUGAAAACUGAAUGAAAAAUCACAAAAAUGACUUUCCUAAACCAUGGAGAUAAAAUUUCCUUUCAGAAAAUAAGCUACACUUGAUACGUGGAAGUAAGAUUUAUGGUAGAAAAGUUUUCAUAACAAAUCGAGGGGUAUUUUUCGAUUAAAUCAUCCGAGCGAGCGAUAGCUAGGUCUCUAGGUACACUUAAAAUGCUUUUGUUUCUUCCCUAUUUAGGUAAAAGGUAAAAAAGUGCUAAAAAUUUCUUUUCGAAACCCGGGUUUGAUCACGGGUUUCGAUUGUAAUAUAAAGUUAUUUAACAUAAACAUGUAAUAUCUGAAAAAUAUCUGAAAUUCAAAAAGCUAUAGUUUCAAAACUUAGUCAGUUCGCUCAAUUCUGCCAUUACCAUCCUUCUUAAAUCAGUAAUAUACAUAAACUCCAAAAAAAAAAAUUAUAAAACUAGAUUCGUUCCACAUAAUUUUUUACUCAAACAAUUUUCGUCAAAAUGGAGUAUCAAAAUUCCUUUAUAAAAAUAAAUACUACUUUAAACUCAAUUUGUUUUUCUUUUUUAUUACAAAGAAGGAUAUAAUGGACCUUCUAUUAAAUUUUCAAUCAUUUCUGUUCGAGUCUAACAAUUUUACUACAGAGUACCUACCAAAUAUAUAAUACGUAAAAAACUCUCAAAAUUGAAAUAUCUAUGAAUAAUUAAAAAAUGGCUUAAAUGUUUUGAGAAUUUUAUCUUGUUUAGAAAAGCCAAAUAUAAGUUUUCUGUCCUAAUUUCAAGAAUAUUUUUAACUGAAUAAUAACAAAUAACAAAAUUGAUAAAAUAAUAAAAGGAUUAAUUUCAUACAUUUCCCGUUUUUCUUACGUUAUAUCCUGGUUUUUCCCAGAUAUUAUGAAAACUGUUUGGAAAAUCAAAAAAUGAGCUCCUAAAAGUACCAUCUGGACAACAUUUCCUUUCAGAAAUGGUGCCGCGUGUAUAUAUCUGAGCGAGGUUUAUGGUCGAAAUUCUGUAUACAGGAUAAAAAAAAAAAUUAAAAUAAAACAUCUUAGUAAAACCAAUACAUUCAUCGUUACAUUCAGAAUCUAAAAUCUAAUAUACCAGCAUUAAGGUAUUAAGUAUUUUAAAGACGUUAAAGUGGAAUUUCAUACCUUUCAAAUGCAAGAAAACAAAAAUUGUCCUCAAAUAAUGGAGAUGGGUUGAAAAGUUUGGAAGGUAGGAACAAAUGUAAAUUUAAUAUAUAUUUGUAAGCAACGAUUAACCAUUGCUAACAAAAAACGAUUCCGAGCGGAGUUUGGUUGAUAGUGUUAUUCUGUUAACACAACAAUAUGUAUCAUAUAAUGGUAAAAUAAUUACAUAUGCAUUAAACAUAUGCGUUAUCUUUAAUAUUUGUUUAUUACUGUACAUAUUUUUCGUUCUCCCGAUUUUCCCCCGUUUUUUCCCAAUUUUUCACAUUUAUUGGAAAAAAACUCAUGGGAAAAUCAAAAGUGACCUCCUCAAAAAACCAUCCAAUUAGAAUUACUUUCAGAAAACGUACUAUCGUUGUAAAUCAGAGUAAAAUUGCUUGUAUGAAAUUUUAUUCAUAGGAAAAAAAAGACCGUAAUAUUUUUUAACCAAUACCUACAUUUCGUAUAUUUUUCCGUGUCAUCCCAUUUAUUGAGAAAACUCCUGAGCAAGUUGAAAAAAGAUCUCUCUAUAAUAACUACCCAGUUCGAUUUCCUUCAGAAAAUUUGCUUCACUUACGAAUCGGAGCAAGAUUUCUGGUAGAAGAGUUUGCAGAACAAAUCGAGGGGUAUUUUUCAAUUAAAAAAGUCUGAGAGAGCAAAAGCUGUAUCUCUAGGUACACCAUAAGCACAACUAGGGGGGAGUUCAGCUCUCCAAUUUACAAAUAGUCCCUUCAAAAUAAAUAAUACUCUAUAUGUUCUUGAAUUGAAGAAAAAAUAAGUACAACAAGUAAGUUGUGCAAGUGUACUAACCUAUGUACAAGUUACCAUUACAUUGUCAAUUUCCUCUAUAACAUCAAAAUGUGUAUUUUCUGCCAUAAGACGAAUAAAUAAAUACUUAAGGUCAAUAAUGGACCAAGAUCGUUUCAGUAAUUUAUCCAAACUAAGUAUAAAAGAUAUAGAAAUUGAUCCUGAUCAAAUUUUACAACAAUUAACAUCUAUUUAAAAAAAAAUGAAACUUGAAUAAUUUGUUAAUAACUAUUGUAUAAUGUAUAAAAAUCAUUAAAAGUCAAAUAAUUUUGUUAUUUUUUAUUGUAUGAAUUUUAAGAUGUGUGAUGCUUUGACCUACAAUGUUAUUUAUGGUAUAAUAUUAAGGUGGAGCAGUUGUCCCCCCUAAGAUUUAAUACUAGUUGCACUACUGAAGUACACCUAAAAUGCAUUGGUUUUUUCUCUAUUUAGGUAAAUAUAUAUGUUACAUACAAAAGUCCGGAAUUGUACAUUUCGCAAUGUGUGUACAACAAUAAUUGGCGUUCUCAGGAAUUUCCAAUGGGGGGUGGUAAUUUUUAGAAAAACAUGCAAGAUAUCAGCAUACGCCUCUCUAGUUGUGACAUUUAAUAUUAUUUUAGAUUUUGAGUUGAACUAGGAAUGUAUUGGUUUUACAAUGAAAUUUAUUUUUUUUUUUUUAUAUGAACACUUUUUCUACCAAAAAGCAUAAUCAAAAACAUAUUCUCUGGGUGGUACUUUAGAGAAGAUAUUUUUUGAAAUUCUCAUUAAUAUUCGAGGUUAAAAUCUUUAGGUUAAAAAAGUUGAAAAAUUAAAAAUAAGAUUGUUGUUUAUUAUUUUAAUUUUUUUAAAACAAUCAUUGUUGUCAUAGAAACGCGCAUUGCUGUAAUUAUUUGACCAUAAUAUGACAUAUAUGGUAAUAUAUAUAUAUAUAUAUAUAUUGUUGACAAAGCAACACUAUCAACUGAACUCAGCUCAAAAUCAUUUUUUCGUUAGCAAUGGUUUAUCGUUGCUUACAACUAUACAUUAAAUUGUCGUCUGUAUCCUACUUUUCCAACUUACCACCUACAACAAUGGCUGCGGCCACGUGCUAAGUAAAGUAAAAUAAUUAUAACAACGCGCGCUUUCAUGACAACCAUGAUUGUUUGAAAAAGAUUAAAAUAAGAAAAACUUAAUAGUAACGGAAAAUAAAUAAAAACGACUGUCAAUAACAACCUUAUUUUUAAUCUUUUAAUCUUUUUUAACCUAAAGAACCGGGGUUUCCUAAUUAUCUCGCAUAUCAAUGAGAAUUUCAAAAAAAUUACUUCAUUGAAGCACAACCCAGAGAACAUUUCCUUUCAGAAAAUGUGCUAUACUUGGAAAUCGGAGUAAGCAUUCUGGUAGAAAAAGUGUUCACAUAAAAAAAACAUCAUUGUAAAACCAAUACAUUUAUCUAAACUCAGAAUCUAAUAAAAUAACAAUAUAAAAUUUAAUGCACUUUAUUUUUACUAAUUUAUCAAUCAUUUUUUGGUUCAUCAAAUAUAUUUAUAUUGUAAUUGUAAAUCAAUGUGACAAUGAAUUUUCACAUCCGUUACAAAUUUAAAACGAAUUUAUUGCAAAAAAAAAACAACGGCCAAUGGGGAAGGGGGGGUUAAACCCCAUUACCCCCCCCCGUGAGUACGCCCAUGACAACAAUCACUGUACACAUUGCAAAAUAAAAUAUAAAAUAUGUGAAACUAUAAUAACAGUUAUUUUUUCAACUGGAGUCAUAUAUACACAUAAAUGGUUGAAUCCGUCUCUAUCAUAGCUACCUGAGGUUGUGGAUUGAAUCAUAUUCAAUAUCUAUAUAAAUCCCCCAAUGACAAUUGGCUAAACUCAGUUCUACCAGCUACAGCACACCCAUCGAUACUGGGCGGUGAUUUCAAUAGUCAUCACAUAUAAUGGGAUUAUAAUACAAAUUACUAAAAUCGGGAGAAACUAUAAAUGAAUAGAUACUGAAGACUUACGAUUGAUAUUUAAUGCCAAGCACAGAUGUACCUUUCAUUCUGGUGGAUGGAACCGUGGGUACAAUUCUGAUCUAUGUAUAAUCUCAAAAGACAAAAUUGGCAUAGUAUUGCAAGCACAUAGAACCGUUUUAUCUAACUUUCCCAAGAGCUGACAUAGGUCGAUUCUCAUAAAAACCGGAAUUCAGACCUAUCAAUCGUAAAAACAAUCUCAAAACCUAAUGGAACUUCAAGAAAUCUGAUUGGAAGUCCUUUACUAAAUCUUUAGAUGAUAAUAUCAGAUGGAUAAAGCCAACAGUAAAUAGCUAUGAUCACUGUUGUUAAAUUGUUAAGGAGGUAGCCAAACAAUAUAUCCCCUAAGGCUAUAUGCAUAAAUAUAUUUUGUGCUGAGACAAGGAAAGCGAUAAACUAUAUGGAUAAUUUCAAACCAACAGUCAAGCGGAAGUUGCAGAUAAACUUCUAGAAUUAUUAGCCAGCUGUCAAGUGAAGAGGUGGACUGAAACAAUGGAACAAUUAAAUUUUAAAUACUCCAGUCUGGAAGCGUGGACUCUACUACGAAGAUUAGACCCUAAUCCAUCGCAUGAUAAGAGAACGCCUGUAAUUAAAUCAAAUGCUUUUGCUAACCAUUAA